AACAAAAUUUAUAUUACUGCCAAAUGCAUUUCUUCGGCACGAAAGGCAAACCUCCUCUAUAUGCCGGUUUAGCCGUUGUGUCCCUCAUGAUCCUCACUGGUUUAACUUUUGCCGGUACGGCCGUGGCUCUAACCGUUAUGAUGCCGGUUUUGGUGGUUCUUUGUCCGAUUCUCGUACCGGCGGUAAUCACUUCGAGUUUCUUGGCAACGGGGUUCUUAGCUUCUGGUAGCCUCGGAGCAUCCGGGAUCGCCUUCCUCAUCUGGCUCUACAAGAAAGAAGAGCAUUCCAGAGAUACUCUGCAUGCGCGAGGAGGUUAUGGUGGUGGAGCAAAACCCAAUUGUCCCCAAGUGUUGCGGCCCAAGUACUUCUACUAAAAGAUGUCAUCAAUUUCGAUUCGCCAUGGAUGCUACUAAAGCACGGUCUAUUUUUAUGAAAGAAUACCAAAAAGUCCCCCGUGUAGGAGCUUUUGCAUAUAAAUACUUUACUUCUCG